UGAGUUGUGGUGGGGUGGAGAGAGAGCGAGGGAGAGAGAGAGCGAGUCUGAGUGUGUGUGGCGAGGAGCGUGCGAGAAGAGAGGAGGGGAGCUACACGCGAGUCGCUCGUUUCCCGCAGAGCUCUCGCAAUUAAAAGGAUGUCUUCUCGCGCGCGUCCGACUGCUCCCGUCGCUGGCUGAGGAGAUCAGGCGCAGUUCAGUGUAGAAGAGUCACCAACGUCAUCAUCGGCAGGAGCAUCGGCAUCCCAGUUUCUCUCCUCUCUUACUCAGCUUCCCUGGCUAGCCAUACACUCAAUCAUCGCGAAGCAUUUGUCAUUGCCUCGAGCUUAUCGAUAAACCGCGAGUGUAGAAAGCCGUGGGAUUACAGGGAAGGCAGCAUGCGCGUGGUGGAGUUUUGUGGAGAGCACGUAAAGUAGUUAACGCUGCGCGCUUUCAUAUACAAGACUAAUUUGCGAACAUCGUAAAAGACACGGGACUUAUCAUACAUAUUUGCGAGAGAAAAACAAAAAAAACUUCAUACGCUCUUGGAUUGUCUUUAAAAAAAAUACAAUCACGGGAGCCCGAGAGAGAAAGCAAGGAGAGAGAGAGAGAGGGGGGGACACGUGGAAGGAGAAGGGACAGUAGGAAGAAAAUGAGACUGCAUUUGCUUUGACGCGAGGAGCUGUGAUGAACACUCCAAGACUCUGGCUGCGCGCACGUGGCAAGGAUGAUGUGACGGAGAGCUGCGGGAAGACUCGACUCCACUCGUUCGCGUUCACCCGGUUCGCACCGGCAGCUAUCGCCAUCGCGGGCACCUUUUAAGCACUCCAAGAAAUUCAAUAACAUCUGAUUCUCUCUUGACGUUUGGCCCGAUUCGAUACGUGUGUAAUUUGUUGCUGACGUUGUUGUUGUUGUUGCGUCCUUGGCAAUUCCGACAAAAAGGCUUUUUGGGGGGGAUUUUAAAGAAGAACCAAGCGGGAAAAAAGAAACGAGACGCAAGGAGGCUUUGUGAUGAGUUGGAGACAUCAAUCAGUCUUCUCUCGGCUGGACAUAAUGAUUUUGUGAGACUUCUCAUCGAUUCAUUUUUUUUUUAUUAAAGGCAACGCGCUGCGGUGGGGGCGGAUGGUAGAAGGAUAAAGAAGAGCAAAAGAAAGAGGUGGUGAAUAGCGAAGUAGUCCCCGCGUGGCUCCAAGCAGACACCAGGGACGCAAGCUCCGUCCGGCGCUUGAGUCCCGUUGCAACUCACUCUCUCCGUUCGCUCCGCUGCUCGAUUCUCUCUCUCUCUCUGUUCCCGCUCUCCCUGCCUCUCGCCUCCUCCUCUCGCCGCCCUCGGAAUCUCUCCCCCUUCUCGUCACUUGCCAUCCAGCGAGAGCCCGGCACGGCGCAGAGCUAAGCGCACACGCAGCGAAACGGAGACGCACCAAUGUCAGCGUGUAUCUCUCUCUCUCUGCUUGAGUGCGAGUAAAUAUAUCUAUAUACGAGCUAUUGGCAAGGCUGUGCGUGCACGCAAAGGGCAAGCGAGGCAGCUUGUCGGGUGAGGUAAGGGAGGUGUGCGUGGCGGUGGUGGGGGGGGAGGAGUAUAGACUUCCCGAGCAGCGCUGGAUUUUUUUUGAGUUUGCGACCGAGAGAGCUGGGGGCAUUAGAGUCGCUGAGAAGGUAAAUGACUGAGCCGGGCCAAGGACUGGAAGAUCUGAAUCGGAGGGAUUGAGACGACCGGAAGGUGAUUCAUUUGAUCCGGUAGGCAGCUGGAGAAUUCGAGCCGCUUGUAGCUGCAGGAUUUGAGCCGGCGAGGAGGUGAAGGAUUGAGCCGGUGGGAGAGCAGGCGUGGGAAGGCGGCCGGCUGGCGUUCGCCCGAAGGGAAGAGCCAUCAUGCGUCGUCUUGGGCGAAAUGCCUGCGCCCUUCUGCACCUCCUCCUCGCGGCGCUACUGGGAGCCGCGGAGGCUGACGUUGAGGUGCCACCCUUCUUCAAGAGAGAGCCCCUGCACACGCAGCUGCACCUGGAGGGCAACCGGCUGGUGCUCACGUGCCUGGCGGAGGGCAGCUGGCCCCUGGAGUUCCGCUGGCUCGUCAACGACACCGAGAUCGCCCCCUUCUCGCCCGAGAACAGGUACUUUAUCCCUGUUCUACACCGGUCCGAUGCCGGCUUCUACCAGUGCGCCGUUCGGAACCGACAGGGAACGCUGAUGCAGCGCAGGACGGAGGUGCAGGUGGCAUACCUGGGAGACUUUGCCGAGUCGGCGGAGCGGCGGCUGAGCGUUCCGCGAGGGGGGGCGGUCGUCAUCGAGGCCCCGCGCGUCGGCUGCUUCCCCACGCCGCAGGUUACCUGGCUGCGGGAGGGUCGCAAGGUGUCCCCCAGCCCCCGCGUGGUGGUCACGCUCGAGAACCAGCUGGUGGUGAUGAUGGCCGCCUCGGGUGACGCCGGCACGUACCACGCGCAGGUGAUGAACGAGCGGAACGGCGAGACCAAGACGGGCCCGCCCAUCGUGCUUACCGUGAGAGAUGCCGAGGAUCCCGGGCCGUCCGACUUCCUGGAGAUUGUCGUCGCUCCGAGGAACAUGAGCGUCGUCGCUGGAGCUGGCGAAGUGUCACUCGAGUGUGUUCCCUACGCACGGCCACUGGAUCGAGUGACCGUCACGUGGAGGCACAACGGUGGCCCCGCCAUCACGUCCGGCGUCGGCGAUUUCGGCCGCCGCCUCACCGUCACGUCCCCCUCCCCAGCCGACGCGGGCCGCUACGACUGCGAGGUGACGCUGGGCCCGAGGGGCCCGGCGGCCUCCGGCGGGGCCGGCGCGGCGGCCGGAGUGGCCGCGGCGGCGCACCCUGCUGUCCGCUCGGCAUACCUCACCGUGCUGGACGUGCCUUUCUUCACGGUGGAACCGAGGAGGAGGAUCAUGGGAGUGGUGGAGCAAGCCCUGGAGAUCCCCUGCCAGGCAGCAGGCUUGCCUCCGCCAACCCUGACAUGGUAUCGGGACAGCUCCCCGAUCGGUCACUUCGGGGACUCGCGGUUCCGCGUGCUCGCGAACGGCAGCCUCCUGGUGGCGUCACUGGAGGAGAAAGACUCGGGCAUGGUGCAGUGCUUUGUGCGCAACGUGGCCGGGGAGGUGCAGACCCACACCUUUCUCACCGUCACCAGUUUCCCCCCAAACAUCACGCGAGGACCCGUGGACAGCACGGCCAUCGAGGGCACGGCGCUUACGCUGCCGUGCGAAGUGUCGGGCGCCCCCAAGCCGGCCAUCACCUGGUUCAAAGGCGGCAAGGCCGUGCCCCUGAGCUCGGUGCGCUUCUCUCUGCUGCCGUCGGGGUGGCUGCGCGUGGGCCCGGCCGAGCUGCGCGACGCCGGCACCUACACCUGCCUGGCCAAGAACUACCGCGGCGAGGCGACGGCACGCGCCCGCUUCACCGUAUGGGUGAGGACGCGGAUCGCCGUUCCUCCUCGCGAUCAGAGCGUGGAGAAAGGGAUGACCACGACGCUCCACUGUGGCGUCACCCAUGACCCCGCCGUCGCUGUCAGGGUGUUCUGGGACAAGGACGGCUCCGUGAUUGGGCCCGAGGCGGCGCCUCGGCUCGCGCAGGACGCCGGCGGCUUCCUGCGCGUCGUGCAGGCCUGGUCGGGCGACAUCGGCUCCUACACGUGCCACGUGACCUCGGCGGCGGGCAACGACUCCAGGACCGCCCGGGUCGAAGUACGGGAGGUGCCGUACCCGCCGGUGGAGGUGGUGGCACGACUCUCUCCGACGGCACGGCGCUCCGUGGUGCUGUCCUGGGUGCGCUCGUACGACGGCAACAGCGCCCUGCUGCGCUACAUCCUGGAGGCCACCGAGAACGACUCCCCGUGGACGGUGCUGAGGGUGGACAUCGGCCCCGUGAUGGCGAACUUCACCAUGGGGGGGCUGCUGCCGUCACGGACCUACCGCUUCCGCCUGAGCUCCGUCAACGCGGUGGGGACGGGCGAGCCGAGCCACGAGACUGAGAGUGUGACGCUGCCCGAGGAGCCUCCGGAAGGGACGGUGCAGAUGGUGGUGGCUGCCGGGCGGACGAACCGCACGAUCGCACUGCAGUGGCAGUCCCCGCCGGAGAGCCAGUGGAACGGAGCGCUCAAGGGCUUCCUCAUCCGGUACCGGCUGUCCAUCGACCGCGCCGACUACCAGUACAAGAACGUCCCCAACUCGGAGAUGACGAGCUACCUCCUGGAGGACCUGUCCGUGUGGACCAGCUACGAGGUGGAGGUGGCGGCCUACAACGGAGCCGGGCUCGGGCCCUACAGCACGGCCGUGCAGGAGUGGACGCUCGAAGGAGUGCCAACCGCGCCACCGGACAGAGUUCGAGCCGAGGCCAUCAACUCCACCACCAUCCACGUCACCUGGUUUCCACCCAACUCGCACUUCAUUCACGGCGUCAACCAGGGGUACAAGCUCCUGGCAUGGCGGCCGGAGAGCCCCGGCGACGUCACCGUGCGGACGUUGCCGCCGCAGCCCGAGGGUUCGGGCCCCGGCGGGGGCACGGGCCCCCUGCACUCGGGGUACCUGUCGGCCCUGCGCAAGUUCACCGAGUACCACGUGAGCGUGCUGUGCUACACGACGCCGGGCGACGGACCGCGCAGCCCGCCCCUCCGCCUGCGCACCAGCGAGGCCGUACCUGGUCCCGUGGGGAAUCUGGGAUUCUCCGAGAUUCUGGAUACGUCUCUCAAAGUGAGCUGGGAUGAGCCGCAGGAGAAGAACGGAAUCUUGAUCGGGUACAAGGUGUCGUGGGAGGAGCUGAACAAGACGCACUCGCGCGUCACGCACUACCUGCCCAACAGCACGCGCGAGUACCGUGUCACGGGCCUGGCCGCGCUCACCACCUACGUGAUCGAGGUGUCGGCGCGCACCAGCCGAGGCUCCGGACCCACCUCGGCCUCCACCAUCUCCUCCGGAAUUCCGCCAGAGCUGCCCGGAGCCCCCUCCAACGUGGCCGUAUCCAACAUCGGCCCUCGCUCCGUGGCCCUGCAGUUCCGCGCCGGCUUUGAUGGGAAGACGUCCAUCCUGAAGUGGGUGGUGGAGGCCCAGAUUGCGGGAGCGGACGGGGAGGAGGCGGAGUGGAUCAUGGUGCACGAGUUGGACAAUCUGCCGGCUGCUCGCUCCCUGGAGGUGCCGCUUCUGCGGCCCUACACACAAUACCGGUUCCGCAUGCGCCAGAACAACGUGGUGGGGACGAGCCCCCCCAGUGCCGCGACCCGCACCAUACAGACUCUGCCGGCCCCCCCAGACGAGGCCCCCCGCAACCUGACGGUCCGCACGGCCAGCGAGAGCAGCCUCUGGGUCCGCUGGGCACCGCUUCACGAGUCCCAGUACAACGGCGCCGCCUCGGCCGCCGGCUACCGCAUCCGCGUGGUGCAGCCGGGCCGGCCGGGCGAGACGCCGGCCUCCGUGGCGGUGGACGACCCCACGGAGCGCGAGGCCACGGCCGAGGGCCUGCGGCCGUGGACUGAGUACGAGGUGCGCGUGCAGGCCUUCAACGCCAUCGGCUCGGGGCCCUGGAGCCGCCCCGUCACGGCACGCACCAAGGAGUCGGUGCCGUCGGCGGGACCCCAAGAGGUGACGGCCAACGCCACGAGCCCCACCUCGAUCCUCGUGAGCUGGGGCGCCGUGCCAGAGGCCGACCGCAACGGGCCCAUCCUGGGCUACAAGGUGCUGUACCGGUCCGCGGAUGCGGCCGGCGCACCCGUCGGCGUUGGCUUCUCGCGCCGAGCAGUGGACGGGGACCGCGCUCGGAGCACGAUGCUCUCGGGCCUGCGCCGCUUCACGCAGUACGAGGUGCACGUGCUGGCGUUCACGCGUACCGGAGAGGGCGCCCUCUCCGCGCCGGCCGCGCACGCCCGCACCCUCGAGACGAUUCCGGGUCCUCCGUUCGGACUCCACUUCCCAGAAGUCCACCUCACGUCUGCUCGCCUGUCCUGGCAGCCUCCCACCGAGCCAAACGGCCUCAUCCUCGGUUACAAGAUGAUGUUCUGGCUGGAUUCGACCAAUCAGAACGCGGCGUCGGUGGCGGAGGUGACCCCGGACACGCGGCAGUUCUACGCGGGGGAGCUGCUGCCCAACGCGGGGUACCGCUUCCGGGUGACGGCUCGCACGAGCCGGGGCUGGGGAGAGCCCUCCGAAGUGCUGGUCAUCACCACGGAGGGCAGAGACGCCCCGGAGAGCCCGAGCCAGCCGUCCGUGCACCAGUCGGGCGUGGGCUCGCACAGCGUGACCCUGCGCUGGAGCGUGCGGCGCGACCGCGUCUCGCCGCUGCGCGCCUACACCAUACAGGCUCGGGCCCUGCCCGGGGGCGUCUGGGAGACGCUGGCUCCGUGGGCCCCCCCCGAACCUCACCGCCUACACCAUGGAUGGCGUGAUCUUGAAAGGCUGAAGCCAUUCACCACGUACAAGUUCCGCGUGGCAGCAAGGAACGAUGUGGGCGAGAGCGAGUGGAGCGAGGAGUCGGAAGCUGUGACGACGCUGCAAGCCGCUCCGGACAAGGCUCCCAGCAUCCUCUCCGUCAUGCCCCACACGCCCUCCUCGGUGCUCGUCCAAUGGGAGCCUCCGAUGGAAGAGUCUGUGAACGGAGUGUUGCUGGGCUACCGCAUCCUCUACCGUGAGCUGCCACUGGAGGGGUCAAGGGUCAUCGCUGGGGGUUACUCCGUACCCUACAUCACCGCCGCCCCUGGCAACCCAUCCCCCAUACAGGCGCAGUUACUUGGCAAGUACGAGGUGAAGACGGUGAACGACUCGGCGGUGAAACACUACGAGCUCGCGCAACUCAACAAGUACCGGCGGUACGAGGUGCGCGUGAGCGCGUACACGGCGGCCGGGGAGGGACCCAUGACGUACCCGCGGGAAGUGUACGUCGGGGAGGCAGUGCCAUCGGCACCUCCCCGCAACGUAGUGGUACGGGCCGCCAGCUCCACUCAACUGGAGGUGGCGUGGGAUAUUCCCCCCCUGCACACCGAGAAUGGAAUCAUCCUGGGAUACAAGGUCUACUUCAAGGACACGGCGCCGUCGGGGGUGAGAGGCGAUGCCGGCGCGGAGCGCGUGCGGAUGCUCUUCCUGCCGGAGACGAGCGCGCGGCUCAAGAACCUGACGGGCUUCACGGUGUUCGCCGUCAGCGUGUCGGCCUACAACUCGGCCGGGGAGGGCCCUCGCAGCGCCGCCAUCACCGCCAAGACGCUGCCCGCGCCGCCCUCAGCCCCCCAGUUUGUGCGAUUCGAGGACGUGACAACAAGUUCGCUCAACGUGUCGUGGGGAGAUCCUCUGCGGCCCAACGGCGUUCUGGAGGGCUUCAAGCUCAUCUACAAGCCCACCACACCGGUGCACGGCGUGAGCAAGAUCGUGACGGUGGAGGUCCGGCCGGAUGCCCCACGGUGGCUGCGUGUGCGCGACCUCGUGGAAGGGGUCACCUACCACUUCCGCGUGUGGGCCAAGACCUUCGCAUUCGGGCCCGAGGCGGACGCCAACGUCACCACCGCGCCACUCGAAGGUUCUCCGGGCCCACCCGGGGCCCCCCAGGUGACCCGCUACGGCACGGACAUCACUCUGCACUGGACCGAGGGCGACCCCGGCAGAUCGGCCGUCACAAGCUACAUCAUUGAGGCCCGGCCAUCGGAUGAGGGCCUCUGGGACAUCAUCGCAAAGGACAUCCCCAGCGAUGCCUACUCGCAAUCCGUGAGUGCCACACUGCUGCGUCACGGCGUCAGCUACAACUUCCGCGUGUCAGCCCUCAACCGCUUCGGCUGCGGCCUGCCCAGCGAGCCGUCCCAACCCAUCUCUGCGGUGCACGACGCGGCGUUCUACGACGAGUGGUGGUUCCUGGUGGUGGUGGCGCUGAGCGGCCUCAUCCUCAUCCUGCUGCUGGUGUUCGUGCUCGUCAUCCGGGGUCAGAGCGGCAAGCACGUGCGGCGCGCCAGCUCCGGUCUGAGCGCCAAGCCGGGCACGCUGGGCCAUGAGGAGAUGGUGAGCCUAGACGAACGCUUUGCUGCCAGCCUGGAGCUGAGCGAGCGGCGCCUGCCCGUCAAGAACUCCUUCUGCCGGCGGAACGGCAUGCACACGCGCUCGCCUCCGCGGCCCAGCCCCGGCAGCCUUCGCUACUCGGAUGAGGACCUGCCCUCCGAGUACGGCGAGGUGACCAAGUCGGAGCCCAAUGGCAGCCUCAACGAGAAGCUCUCGGAGAUCCCCGAGUCUCCGAGCGAGGUGGAGGAGGAGGCUGACUCGGACGAGCACGAGACCGACCGUGACUCCCCGCCGUCCGUCGGCGGCACGGCCACCACCACGACGUCCAAGGGCACCUCGGCCGCGCCGGCCACGCCGACAUCGUCGUCCACGGUGGCCGCGGCGGCGGCCGUGGGCGCCGCGGCCCAGCACUCGUUCGUGAAUCACUAUAUGAGCGACCCCACGUACUACAACUCUUGGCGGCGGCAGCAGAAGGACGUGACGCGCGCCGAGCGCGGGGAGGCCGAGGGUGCCAACCACACGGCCCGCGCGCCGUACCCGCUCACCGAGCCCGAGUUCGGCGGCCUGCAGGGCCCCGGGUACCGGCCGGCGCUCGCGGGGUUCUCCUCCUUCGUCUGAGCGACGCCGGAGCGAGCCGCGGCUGGGCGACGGCGACGCGGGGACUCGCGGCGGGGAUUGCGGGGACGGGAAUGGGGUGGCUGCACGAGUGCAGAGAAGGUUCAGCCACGGGCGGAGCUCUCAAUUACAUGGAACUCGCAACCACGUGGAGGUCCCAACCACAUGGAGCUCCCAACCACAUGGAGUUCUCAACCACAAGCAGUUCUCAACCACGUGGAGUUCCCAACCACAUGGAGUUCCCAACCACAUGGAAGUCCCAACCACAUGGUGCUCCCAACCAAAUUGAGCUCCCAACCACAAGCAGUUCUCAACCACGUGGAGCUCCCAACCACGUGGAGUUCCCAACCACAUGGAGUUCCCAACCACAUGGAGUUCCCAACCACAUGGAGCUCCCAACCAAAUUGAGCUCCCAACCACAAGCAGUUUCCAACCACAUGGAGCUCCCGACCACAAGCAGUUCCCAACCACAUGGAGUUCCCAACCACAUGGAGGUCCCAACCACGUGGAGGUCCCAACCACAUGGAGUUCCAACCACAUGGAGUUCCCAACGAAAUGGAGCUCCUGACCACAUGGAGCUCCCAACCACAAGCAGUUCCCAAACCACAUGGUGCUCCCGACCACAUGGAGCUGCUAACCACAUGGAGCUGCUAACCGCAAGGAGCUUUCAACCACAUGGAGUUGUUGAUCACAUCAAAGUCCCAACCACAUGGAGCCCCCAACCACAAGCAGUUCCCAACCACAUGGAGCUCCUGACCACAUGGAGCUGUAGAUCACAUCAAAGUCCCAGCCACAAACCACCUCACAACUACAAGGAGCUCCCCCACCACAAGGAGUUGCUGACCACAUGGAGCCGACUUCUGACACCCCUCGUGGUGCCACAGUACUCUAGGCUUCAGGACUUGAAUUGCCCUUCUCCACUGGUCCCCUCUGCUGAUUUUUUGCUGGCCAUGCCCCACCUCACUUAACGGGUUUAUUUCUUGUUUUAUUUUGCUGUGAUUAAACUGCGAUUAUACAUUUUUUUCGUGGAAAAAUAUUACAUUUCAUUGCCAGUGUUUUCUUUACUUUUUCCUAAUAACCAUAAUGACGGUUAUUACGAAGGUUACAUAAUUUCUCUCCGUUAAUCGCGUCGGUUUUCUGGAAUAACUGCGAAGCUUCACAAUCUGAUUGCGAUCCUAAAUUCCACCGUUUCUUUUUGAUUCGUGAAUUCUCAUUCGUGAAGAGCGCGAAAGUGGAAAGCAUUACAACGAUUAUUUCCACGGUGGUUUAAAACAAAAUGCAUUUUGUACAAAUGCACCUUCCACAAAGAACUGAGACAAUUGGAUGAGCUCAUCGUGAGUGAGCGGCAAGACAACCUUGCGAACGGUUCACAAAAUGUAUUGCGUUUAAAUGACCGUAGUGUAGACCAUGACAAUCAAAUGAAGUACAGCGCUGGGAUUUCAAUCUCGCAGGCUGCAUUUAUGCAGUCGUCAACUUUCUCGAUUAACUCUGUCGGAAAGAUCCGAAAUUCUCCCACUUGGAAGCAGAAAUCAACAAUAACAUCACCUGCGAUUUCACAAAUCCCAGUAUGGAUUACCAGGAGGAGCUCAACACGUGUCAGUUGAUGGAACGAUAAGAAAAAAAAGAACGUGUCAAUUUAAGAUACCUAUAUAUAGUGCACACACGUACGCAUACACGCUCACACGUGCUCAGUAUUCUACAGAUGUUUCCUGGGGCUCAGUCAUCCGGCAACACGACGCUUCAAGAUUACCUAUACUUGCGGAUUAAUUUUCUUGUGUCGUGCAAUUGUGUUCGUUUGGAGGCGGACACCGCAGCGUCGCCACACACAGGCACUCGAUAUAAUCACCCGCUCGGCUUACGUCAUUAACGUGGACCUUGCCAUUCACACCCGCCGCCGUUCAGACCCUUCGGCCCAUCACGAGGGCCACUCCACGUUUAUUACGCUUAAGGGACACGAAGUUGGUAAUAAUCUAUGAUAUCCGAGUAAUGACACGCGGGUGGACGGGUGCCCACCGCGUAGGGGUCCAGCGUGAUAAAAGUCGCGGCCACGUUUGCGUGUAAAUCUGCGCAGUGCCGCCGCCGCCACCGCCGCUGCGGAUUUUUAAACGACGCGAUCUGAUGCUGAGUGACAUUUUUUCACCUUUUUUCAGCUUUGUUAUUAUUAUUACUGCGAUGAGCGCAAUUUUUGCUUACAGCGCUCUUUUGUCACAGCAUUAUUUAUGCAACCGCACGUUUUUUCGCUUCCUUCGGAAGAUUUCAAUACUUUCUUUAUGGCGUUUCGCAAUAACACAAGUAGAAUAAAAAAAAACGAGACAAUGGAAUCGCUUGGCCGGGCGUUCUUAUUUAAAAAAGAAAAUGCAAGCAAGGUUUACGUGUGAACUCGCACUCAUUGCGUGGAACACCUCUGCGGCGGGGCGGGGGAGGUUUCGACGGUGUCGGAUACAUUUUGCCGAGUAAAGUUUCCGACGGUGGUGGCCAUCAGGCGAGAGGCCGUUUGAACGCCGGAUGAAUCCCGAGGCUGAAUUUGACCAACUUUGCGCGACGUGACGCCGAGUUUUUGCCGAGAUGCGCUCCGCACGCCGAGCCAUCCCGAGCGGAGCGAGCCGUUGCUGUGUGAGCGCGAAUCGCUCGACGGCAGAAGCGUUACAGGGGUUCGCGUAUCGCCGCGCAAUCAUCGCGCGAUGAUUGCGUAAAGAUUGUGCAUCGGUGCACAAAUGAUUGUGCAGUGCAAGGAUUGUGCAUCACCGCCCAAUGAUCGGUGAGGGGUAUGCAACGAUUGUAUGUCGUUGCGCAACGAUUGAGCAUCGCGCACGCGCAACGAUUGCGACACCUUUACGCGACGGCUGCGUUAUCGCAGUGCAGCAAUUCACCAUCGUCCCUUAGCCGCACGACCCCCCGUGUACAGAACCCCCCGAACCCUGUCGCACUAACCCAUGCAUAAUCUCUAACCACAGCCGCGUCGCCACGAUCAGACGGCCGGGUCCGUCGUGCCGUUAUUCGGCGGCGGUGGCGGCAGCGACUUCGCGAGUUCCCGGCGCCUUACCAAGUUACCUGGAGCUUGCUCAGGCCGGCAAGCACCCCCCCCCCCACCCCACCCCACGUCUCCUCCACACCCCCCCCCCUUCCGCGCGAGUGUUCUGAAUAGUGCUUCCCCGCCGCAUCACGCGUUCCUCUGUGAGACAGCGUUGAGACCGCGCCGGUUUUUAAUACUUGCCACGACCUUGCUCACGCAUUCAAGUUAGUAUAGCCUAUUAACGGCCGCGAGUCCAAGUGUUAUUGUAAUUGUGGGAAUAUCAACACGACUUAUCUUAAUAGAGGACAAUUUAAAUCCUUCCUUGAGAAAUUGGAAUCACGGAGAGAAAUGUUAUAACGGGUGGGGACGAGUGGGAAUAUAAUAAUAAUAAUUCUAUUAAAUCUUAUGGAGAGACCGGCUCCCUUGGUUUUGCAUGGCCUCUGGGAAUUAUGCGAGAGACAUUCACUCAGAUUCGUCUUCACUGCAGCCAUGAACUGCCACCCUAGCCCCCAUUAGAGCCUUGAUGUCAGUUCGCUGCUGGACGAAAAACCCUCCCCCAUGCCAUGCCGGUUAUGGAGGUUCUUUGACCGUACUUCACCACGCUCGUCAGUCCGGGAUUGUGAAAGGGUUCUGGAGGGGCGUGCGGGGAGCGGAUCAAAACCGGUUCCGAUGUCACUCCGCCGCUGGUCUAAGCCGUGAUGGGGAAUCGAACUUAUGUCGCCGGGUUCAUGGCGGAGUGCGUGAUCCGCUACCUCGGCCAGUGCUCCCAUCCCCUUGCAGUUAAUAAGAGGUUUUAAUGAAAAUAAUAAAAAAAUCUAAAUAUAUUAACGACAAAAAUAACUAUUUUCCUGAAGGAAGCCAGUCACCGAAAACUCUGCAUCUUCCUCUUUGUCUCGGUGACAGUCAGGAUACGUUAUUUCUAUUUGGAGCAUUAUAGAGCCAUGCACAAACGUGUCACAGGCCGCGGGGCCACGUGAUGGACGGAACAGAUUGCAGUGCAGCAGUGCACCGCUGUUGCACUGCACUGCACAGCGCCCUAGGCAGCGUGGUGAAAGUACGGUCAAAUAAACACGACAGCCCGCAACGGCGUGAGGAGGCCCCUCGUCCAACAGUGGAUAUUACAAAAGGGCUGUGCGCGUACAUUAUGGAGUUACUUUGGGGUUCGCCAGUCGCUUCACGGUGAAGACGGCGCCAUCGCCUCGCAUUCUGAGUGGCCACGCGUUGGCACUGGACGGGAAAGCGGGGAAAGGCGUGGAGACAUGUGAUUGCGCAACUCUUCGGCCGUGUCGAUUCACCGCGGCUCAGUUUCGCCAGACUUGGGCCGUAUGCUGUUGCUCUCGGUGGACUCUCUUUGACGAUGAUGGAUUACGUUUGAUGGGGGCCAGGGGCUGUUAUUAUUUCGGGGGAACCUCUUUGUAUAAUCACCCCCCCCCCCACCCCCGCCGAAGGCUUUGCUACCGCCCAUGCCCGAUGUCAAACACCCAAUUGCCAUUCACCUCGGUUCGUUAGGCUUUAUUUAACAGUAUUUGCAUUUCUAAAUUGUUGUAACACUACAUGAGAGUAAAAUACGAACAAAAAUACGUCAUUACCUUUGGCACCUAACUCGUAGUAAUACACGCAGGCAUUCUAUGGAUUUCAUUGCAAAAUUAUCGAUAGGGUUUGUCAGAAUGCUAGUUUUGAGUUUCAACCGUAAUCAAGACUCUCCCACCUCUUCCAAGACGUCUGACAGUGGCAGAAGCAAGACAUUGCAGAGCUGCACCUUUAACUUGUUUUACUUAUUUAUAUAUUUUGGGGGGGGGGGGAGGGGCUCAAAAUCCGAGUCCCUGGAGCUGCAGCCCCCUAAAUCCUCCGCGUUAAUCCGGCCCUGGUCUCCACCGUCAGCCACUGGAUCGGAGAGUUUGAGUACGGUCCUUAAACUCUCACCUGUAAAUCGAUUUUUUUCUUUUCAAUUUCUCAGCCAAACACAGUGAGAGGAGCAUUGUAUUUCUCGAAACACGAAUUUGUACACUCAAGGCUUUUUUUUUCGAAAGGAAAUCGUACGUAAUGUAAGCAUAAGUUAUUUGUAAACAUUUCACCCACCCAAAAAAAAAAUGCGUAUAACCUAUGAUGUUUCCAUCCGCGUAUGAGCGUGUCUGAUAACAACCCGCGCGCCAUCUUCGGUCGCACUCUGAAUUCGCAAUGAACCACUGUGUAGGGUUUUCUUGAGUCGUGCUGUGUAGCUCUCCAAAUAAUGAGCUAUCUCGGGUCGUUCCCGCGUGCUGCCGUUCAGCCCGACGUCCGACGUUUCGCGCCACGUCCCGGGCAGCUUCUUCGCCUACCUGACGUUGCCUGAAGAAGCUUCCGGCAGCAUGUGGAGCAAAACGUCGGACGUCGUGCCGAACGACGCGCAGCACAACCCUGAAAAACACAUCGGACAGCUGUUCCGCAAUGAAGAAAUUAAUCCCACAUUUAAUUUCAGCGUGGCGAAUCUGUACAUUGCAAGCAAUUUUUUUUUCUUUUAAAUCGUACCAAAAAAAUGAGAAAAGUGAUUGGAAAAAAAUCCCCACAACUAAGUAAAUAAUAAUUACGAAAAAAUAUCAAUAUGUACAGUAUGCAAUGUACAUUCGUGUGUACCUUUGGGUGGAAAAUUUGCUGAUUCGGCACAUGACCUUUGACCCUUGGUUAUGGCCUUGAGCUGCCUUUGACAUCGGGGGUCAGGUCAGGUCAGAGGUCAGGUCAUGUUAUGUAUGAUUAAGAUGGUUUUCUAUUUAUAAAUAAACGUGUGGGUGAUUUUUAAUUGCA